AUCAAUUGAACAUUGCAAAGUCGUAAGUCUUAAAUAUGUGAGCUAUUUCUUUGUGUUAGUCAUUUAUCUAACUACUAGUCUUCUUUGAGCGAAUCGUUUUAAGUAAGAUCUAUUUAUUAAUAACGAAGCCAUUCGAUAGAAACCGAUGUAAACAAUUUUUAGGUCUAUAAUAAAAAAAACUCUUUAGGAAAAAAAUCUAGUCAGUGAUGUCUAGAAUUUUUGAAUAUCUCUAUAAUGGGCUCAAAUCCAAGUAAACAAAAUGGAAAACGGAGUCAGUCUGAAGGAGAAGUCCGAAUCCUCGCGAACGGACACGUGCCCCCUCGCCGAACUGUCAGCACACUUAGCCGGGUGGCGGAGUCCACGGGUAUAGAGAAAAAGAAUGCAGAGGAGCCAGUUAUAGAUUUCCCACAUGAGGAAUAUAAAGACGGGAAGCUUGGUAUUACGAGUAAGGACACUAUAUUGGACUACCUAGACUCUCUGGAGAAGGAUGAAUUGUUCUGUGACCCAGAUUUCAAUGCUGACAGAUUUGCCCUCUUCUACAGUGACAAAGAUGCAUCUCAUUUCCAAUGGAAGCGCCCUAUGGAUUUAGUGGAGGAGUGGCAGACCCCUCAAUUGAUGGUAGAUGGUGUUACCAGGGACGACAUCAAGCAGGGGACCCUGGGAGAUUGUUGGUUCUUGUCAGCAUGUGCCGCAGUAUCUCAGAAAAAAGACUUCAUGAAAAAGAUAGUUCCCUCAGACCAGCCCCUAUGUGGCCCCGGUUAUAAAGGCAUGGUCCACUUUCGGUUCUGGAGGUUCGGAGAUUGGGUGGAUGUGUACAUCGAUGAUCGUCUUCCUACCGUUAACGGAAAGUUAGUGUAUGGGAGAUGUACAGAACCACAGGAAUUCUGGGUAGCCCUCAUAGAGAAGGCAUACGCUAAGUUACAUGGGUCAUAUGAGGCCAUAGAAGGGGGACAGGCUAUGGACGCUUUAGUUGAUCUGACAGGGGGAAUACCCCGCUUAUAUGAGAUACAAGACAAGGAUCCAUUCCUUUACAGAAUGAUAGAGAAAGCUCAACAAAAGCACGCCUUCAUUACGUGUUCUAGAAAGGGAAAUUGGAAACUAAGCAACAAAGCUGAUCCCAAUGGUUUAGUGUCUGGUCAUGCUUACACCAUCACUGAAGUCAGAAAGAUACAGCAUGUGAGGGGAGAGGACAAGUUGGUGAGGGUCAGGAAUCCCUGGGGGGACAACAACGAAUGGAAAGGAUCCUGGAGUGACAGUGAUGUAAACUGGACCUGGGUGGAUGAGCAGACCAAACAAGAGAUCGGGCUUCAAGCUAAGGAUGACGGGGAGUUCUGGAUGUCCUACAGAGACUUCUGUAAACAGUUCCAGGAAGUGACCAUUUGUCAGUACGGACCAAACUUUGAUGGAGACAGAACAAAGGAUGAUGUCGGAUGUUUUGUUUGUGUCAAGGGGAGAUGGGAAUGUGAUAGAAAUGCUGGUGGAAGCCGGAAUGACCUUCAUAAAUUUGCCACAAAUCCUCAGUACUUACUGACACUUCCAGAAGCAGAUGAUUUUGACCCAAAGAAAGAUGACCCUGACCUUGAGGGGUUAUGCACCCUUGUCAUUUCCUUGAUGCAGGAACAUCGCCAAUCAAAGCGAAAUGUUAAAGUCAAGAAGCUUCAAAUAGGAUUCAUUUUAUACAAAACAAGUGAACCAACAGAGAGAUUAUCAGCUCAGCAUUUCCGCUACAAUCCUGACAGUGGUAAAUCAGGGGUGUAUAUUAACUACCGCGAGGUCAGCCAGCAAUUUGAGCUGGAACCCGGGCACUAUAUCCUCAUACCUUCCACAUUUCACCACAACGAACCUGCUGACUACAUGAUACGAGUAUUUGGGGAAAAAAUGUUUUCUCUAAAAGGACCACUGGAAUGAUCUCCAUAUUCACAGCUUAUAUCUAAACAUCACACCAGAGGAUAGAAAGAAAUCAUUUCACUUGUCAGUUAACCCUUUGCGUCCCUAUAAAUCAUUUCACUUGUCAAUUAAUCCAUAACAUUCCUAUAUUUAAAGUUUUAGUGCUGGCAACAUUUUAUAACAUGUUUCUUGUAUGGUAUCUAUUGUUCGAAAUAUUUAAACUUGUGAUUUCAACUUGUACUUUUAUAGAAGAUGGAAAGAAGAUUUGUGUAC